CCGAGUGCGAGCGAGCCGAGCGCGGGUCCGCAGCCGCCGGCACGCGGCCGAGAGCAUGGCGGCCGCCAAGGUGGCUUUAACCAAGAGAGCAGAUCCAGCUGAGCUUAGAACAAUAUUUUUGAAGUAUGCAAGCAUUGAAAAAAAUGGUGAAUAUUUUAUGUCUCCCAAUGACUUUGUUGCUCGAUAUUUGAAUCUUUUUGGAGAAAGCCAGCCUAACCCGAAGACUGUGGAGCUGUUGAGCGGUGUGGUGGAUCAGACCAAAGAUGGGUUAAUAUCAUUUCAAGAAUUUGUAGCUUUCGAGUCUGUCUUGUGUGCCCCGGAUGCCUUGUUCAUGGUGGCCUUUCAGCUGUUUGACAAAGCGGGCAAAGGAGAAGUGACUUUUGAGGAUGUCAAGCAAGUGUUUGGACAGACCACAAUUCAUCAGCAUAUUCCAUUUAACUGGGAUUCAGAAUUUGUGCAACUACAUUUUGGAAAAGAAAGGAAAAGGCACCUGACAUACGCAGAAUUCACUCAGUUUUUGCUGGAGAUACAGCUGGAGCAUGCAAAGCAAGCCUUUGUGCAACGGGACACUGCCAAGACUGGAAAAGUCACCGCCAUUGACUUCCGAGACAUCAUGGUCACCAUCCGCCCCCAUGUGUUGACACCUUUUGUAGAAGAGUGUCUAGUAGCUGCUGCUGGAGGCACCACAUCUCGUCAAGUUAGUUUCUCCUACUUCACUGGAUUUAAUUCGCUGCUUAACAACAUGGAGCUUAUUAGGAAGGUGUACAGCACUCUAGCUGGCAACAGGAAAGAUGUAGAGGUGACCAAGGAAGAGUUUGCUCUGGUGGCUCAGAAAUUUGGUCAGGUUACACCCAUGGAAGUUGACAUCCUGUUUCAGUUAGCAGAUUUAUAUGAACCAAGGGGACGUAUGACCUUAGCAGAUAUUGAGCGGAUUGCUCCUUUGGAAGAGGGAACUCUUCCCUUCAAGUUAGCUGAGGCCCAGAGGCAGAAGGCCUCGGGUGAUGCAGCUCGGCCAGUUCUCCUCCAAGUUGCAGAGUCAGCCUACAGGUUUGGCCUGGGUUCUAUUGCUGGAGCUGUGGGAGCUACUGCUGUGUAUCCUAUUGACCUUGUAAAAACUCGAAUGCAGAACCAACGAUCUACUGGCUCUUUUGUGGGAGAGCUCAUGUACAAAAACAGCUUUGACUGUUUUAAGAAAGUACUACGUUAUGAAGGCUUCUUUGGACUGUAUAGAGGUUUGCUGCCACAGUUAUUGGGCGUUGCCCCAGAGAAGGCCAUAAAACUUACAGUGAAUGAUUUUGUGAGGGAUAAAUGUAUGAACAGAGAUGGUUCGGUCCCGCUUGCAGCAGAAAUUCUUGCAGGAGGUUGUGCAGGAGGUUCCCAAGUGAUUUUCACAAAUCCUUUAGAAAUUGUUAAGAUCCGUCUACAAGUGGCUGGAGAGAUCACCACUGGUCCCAGGGUCAGUGCUCUGUCCGUUGUCCGGGACCUCGGCUUCUUCGGAAUCUACAAGGGAGCCAAAGCAUGCUUUCUGCGGGACAUUCCUUUCUCGGCCAUCUACUUCCCCUGCUAUGCUCAUGUGAAGGCUUCCUUUGCAAACGAAGAUGGGCAGAUCAGCCCUGGAAGUCUGCUCUUAGCUGGUGCUAUAGCUGGUAUGCCUGCAGCAUCUUUAGUGACCCCUGCUGAUGUUAUCAAGACGAGAUUACAGGUGGCUGCCCGGGCUGGCCAAACCACUUACAGCGGAGUGACAGACUGCUUCAGGAAGAUACUGAGGGAAGAAGGCCCGAAAGCUUUGUGGAAAGGAGCUGGUGCUCGUGUGUUCCGGUCAUCACCCCAGUUUGGUGUCACUUUGCUGACUUACGAGUUGCUACAGCGGUGGUUCUAUGUUGAUUUUGGAGGAGUAAAACCUGUGGGAUCUGAGCCAGUUCCUAAAUCCCGGAUGACUCUGCCUGCUCCCAAUCCUGACCACAUUGGGGGUUACAAACUGGCAAUUGCAACCUUUGCAGGAAUUGAAAACAAAUUUGGACUUUACCUACCUCUCUUCAAACCAUCAGCAUCUACCUCAAACGUGACCAGUGAAGGCCCGUAAGAGGACGGACCUGGAAUGUGGCUAUGGAAUGGCUGCUACUGCAGUGAGAAGGUCCUGUCUCUGAUGAUGCAAGGCUUCAUGCCUUCCAUAUCCAUCUUUGCUUAAAUUCAGGUCAAGGCUUUUUAUAAAGUGAAAUCAUUCAUUGUAUCUUUUUGUAACAAGAUCAUGUGGAAUCAUUUCUAAUUAUUCUUUGGAAUUCUGCCCACACACCUAUGUUUGUGUCCUUCAUUGACUGGGAUUAGGUCAGCACUAAGAUGAUUUGGAGGAAGGAACAAGCCUGAGGGAAGUUAGAGAACCCUCACCUGCACUAGGCUGACAGUCUCAAGGAGACUGCUGAAAGGCAGGUUCCUAGAACAGUGUCCCAAGUAUGUUUAAACUGGUAGGAAACUAGGUACAUAUUUAUAAAAAUGAAAAAAAUACUGGAAGAAACACCAGAAAUAGCCAGCCUGGAUUCAAAUUUUAAACAUGCACAAAUUUUGUUUCUGGAUUACAUUAUGCAGCUUUUAUGUGAAACAUGUUUUUCUGUAAUGAAAACCACAUUGGAGAUGUUUAGUAAUCAUAUUCUGUUACUGGUAUCGAGACUACUAGGGAACAGUUUUUUCACUAGAAGGAAGUGCUUUUGGCAGUUUUACUUUAUAGACAGAGAAGCUGAGACACUGCUGGAUGUGUAAGUUUUGCGUAACUACCUGUAUGACACACAAGGUGAUCGUUGCCGAUUUCAAUAGUGUAGAAAAAUGUGCAUACUUUUAUUGCUGGUACUAUCUCUAAUCUCAUCCCAUCAUUGGCAACCAUUGACUUUAAAAACCAAUUUAUUUUGAAUCAUGUGUGACAAAUAUACUCUUAAGUUUUUAUUUAAUUUGGGGUGCCUUGUAUCAUGGACAGAGGCACAUGUGUUUAUGAAUAUGGAAAUAAACUAUUUUUAAAGCUA